AUGGGUGAGAAUCAACUUCAUGGCAUAAAAAAGGUUAUUCCUGCGAAAGGGAAUUUAUUGGUUUGGGGACUUGGAAAUGACAGUCCAUAUUGGCAAAACAGCACACAUGGACAAGUAAAGUUUAUAGAAGACGAUUCACCUUCAAAAAAGGCCGGGAUACAAUGGUAUGACACAAUAAUGAAAAAGUAUCCUUAUUUGGAAGCUUACCGAGUACAUUAUAACACAAAUACUGUCAAAUCAUUCUCUCAAUAUGUAAACAAUCCGGAUACAUGGCACGAAUUGGAUCUUUGCAGUCAGUUACCAGAGUCCGUGACACAAACACAUUGGCAUGUUAUCAUCGUGGAUGCACCUCUUGGAUGCGGAUGUCGUGGCCCUGGACGAUAUCAGUCUAUCUAUACGUCAUGGAAACUCGCUGAAAUAAAUACACAUAUUUUUAUUGACGACUUUGAGCGAAAAGUGGAACAUGAGUUUUCUGUGAAUAUAUUUGGAAAACCGGUAGAG